AAAUACCUCCAUCCAAUUCCAGCGAGCAGUCACCGUAACAGUCGAGCCUCGAGCUAAAGGAGAUGAGAACGAUGAAGGAAGAAGCCAUAAGCUCCUCCGCAGAUCCUUUUGUUCCGCCCAAGUCUUCCUCUCCUCCGCCUAUAUCCACUCCCGCUGCUAGCUCUGCAGGGGCAUCUUCUCCUGCUGUUCCAAUGAAUGUUGGCAGCACAGAUUGGGCAGCACAUGGAUCAAAAGCAGGUUCCUUUUCCCGUGCUGGUUCAUUGCCCAUAGGGACUUCUUUGAGUGCCAGUGCUGGUGGUUCUGCUCUUGGAUCAUCACAGCCCUCAUGUAGACCCUGGGAAAGGGGUGAUCUACUAAGACGACUCUCAACAUUCAAACCGACAGACUGGUUUGGAAAGCCUAAGGCUGCAGGGUCUUUGGCUUGUGCUAGAAGGGGCUGGAUAAAUGUGGAUGUUGAUAAGAUUGAAUGCGAGUCAUGUGGUGCAAGCCUCAGAUUUACUUCCUCUGCUCAUUGGACUCCCUCUGAAGUUGAAAUAGCUGGUGAAGACUUCUCAAAUAAACUUGAUGAUGGGCAUAAAGUCACUUGCCCAUGGAGAGGAAAUAGCUGUGCAGAAAGCUUGGCCCAAUUCCCUCCUACUCCUCCAUCUGCCCUAAUUGGUGGUUUCAAGGAUCGUUCUGAUGGACUACUUCAGUUCUCUUCCCUCCCUAUAUUGGCUACAUCUGCAAUUGAACACAUGCGAGUUUCUAGAGGUUCAGAAAUUGACUGUUUUCUAGCUCAAUCACAGGCGCUUGGAGGCGUUGAAACUUUCUUUAGGCCAGAGGUUUUGUCUGGAGAUGAGAACACCAGAGACAAUGUUUUCUUUAUAUACUCUCGUGCCCAGAAGCUCAUUAGCCUUUGUGGAUGGGAGCCUAGGUGGCUUCCGAAUAUUCAAGACUGUGAAGAGUAUUCAGCUCAGUCAGCUAGGAAUGGAUGUUCAACAAGUCCAACAAAAUGUUGUGGUCCUCCACAAGAUCCUGGCCGCGGAAAGAUGGUGCUUUCUUAUUCAAAGAAAAACGACACUUUCAGGAGGGAAGUGGCGUGCCCCAUUUCGAGAGGUGAAUCUAGGUCACCUUUGUUGGAUUGUAGUUUGUGUGGAGCUACAGUGAGGAUCCUGGACUUCCUUACAGUUUCUCGUCCUGCUUGUUUUGCUCCCAAUAGCGUUGAUAUCCCUGAGACAAGCAAAAAGAUGGCAUUGACACGAGGGGUUAGUGCAGCAAGCGGAAUAAGUGGGCGGGUUGCUACUGAUGGUAUAGAAAAAGAACAGACGGGAGAUCACGAUGAAGCUGCAACAGACGAGAGAAGGUCGCUGUCGAAUUAUGGUGUCGACCUAAAUCUUACAAUUGCUGGCGGGCUUUCCUCACAAGUACGGAAGAAUUUAGGCUCUGACCAAUUCCAAGAUGUGAAUAAGAAAAGAGGUCCAAUGAUGGGACAGCCAUGUAGCAGUGAGGUUGGUAACCGUGCUGCUUCAUAUGAAUCACGCGGUCCUAGUUCUCACAAGCGUCAUUUAGAGGAACGUGGAAGCACCGCUGACAGGCCACAAUUGAUGUUACAACAAGCAGACAGUGCCGAAGGAACAGUAAUAGACCGUGACGGAGAUGAAGUAAAUGAUGAAAGCCAGUACUCAGCUGGUCCUUCGAAACGCCCCCGUGAGUCAUAUCCUCUGGAAUUUUAUCACUCAUCAUAUGGGAAAAGUGUUGCUCCUGUACUGUCAAUUGGUUUUGAGGUUGGAAUGGAUGCCCAAAGAGAUGACCCUUUCAACCAAGUCCAUGACCAGGUUUUCGGUUUCCCAUCUAGGAGAGAUUCAACACGUGUUUCAUCUGUUAUUGCUAUGGACACAUUUCAUAGUGCUGAUGGUGAUUCAAUGGAAAGUGUGGAAAACUAUCCAGGAGAUGUUGGUGAUAUCCAGUUCCCUUCAACAUCGGGUGUAAAAAGCACUGAUCCCUUUGAAAUGUCCGAUUUAAACUAUAGCAAUCAAGCACAACAGAGUGCCUGUCCUGCUACCGCUAUUAGGAGUGCUGGUGAUAUUGGUGUUAGUAGCACCAACGAUGAGGAAGUAUUAAAUGCAGAUACUGCGACUGCUCACGCGAGGGAUGGCUUUAGUUUUGGAAUUAGUGGAGGGAGCAUUGGAAUGGGUGCCAGUCAUGAAGCUGAAAUUCACGGGAUGGAUAAUUCUGUGCAUAGAACUGAUAGCAUUGUUGGUGAUGUGGAACCGGUUGCUGAAGUCACAGAAAACGAGGGUCAAACAGGUGAAUACGGUCCUGAUCCUGGACUUAUGGGUGACUAUGUACCAGAGGGGAUGGACCGAGAGGAUCCUCAUGGUGAUAGUCAAGAUCUAACAUCUCGAUCAGUGGGAAGAGCUGACAGUGGCUCAAAAGUUCUUGGCUCAACCAAGGAAGAAUCCAUUGAAAGUGCUGAGAAGACUGAUGUCAGGCAUGCCAUGCCUAAUAAUAGUCCACAUCCCUCUCUUUCUCGCAAUGCUAUUUUAUUAUCUGUGCAUGAGACAUCAAAGGAAGAAGUUAACCAGGCUGCCAAUACACUGGCUACUGAAGAUGGUGGAUAUGUGGUGGAGUCGGGCUUAGUAGUUUCCAAGGGGACAGGUCCUCCCAAUGGAGAAAGCGGAUAUAAAGAAGCCGUUGAGUUUGAUCCUGUUAACUACCAUAACCCUUUCUGCCCUUGGGUCAAUGGGAAUGUUGCAGCAGCUGGGUGUACCAGUAGUGGCGGCUCCAGCUCUAGUGCUGGCGCUCUUGCUCUUUGUGGCUGGCAACUAACUUUGGAUGCUUUGGAUUCUCUUUCAAUCGGAAAUGUUCCGAUUCAAACUGUGGAAUCUGAAUCAGCUGCUUCUUUAUAUAAGGAUGAUCAUCGAUCUGCUGGCAAAAAACUCAUGACUCGAAACUCAUAUAGCAAAACCCGUGGGGGAAAUUAACCGGAAUCUCUAAAUGAGUUCAAACUUGGAUUUUAAAGGUCCUGCCCUGAUAUAUUGAACGAUUUUAUUCUCUUGUGAUGUUCCGUUGACAACAAGAAGAUGCCUUUUAAAUGUUACUGGCUUACUGCUGCGUGGAUGUUUUCUCUUUAGCAAAUCUGACUGACUGCAAUCCUUGUUCAGUUUCUUCUCUCUUAUUUUAUUUUAUUUAAUUUCUUAUAGCUUAAUCAAUAAUCUCUUGUAGAAUGGCAAUACCAAUAUAGCUUGGUAAUUGUCCGCAUGGCAGAAAAUUUGAUAAUGGUAAUUUAUAGGAACAUCGAGAAACUCUUGUCAUUGAUUCAGUAUACCAGCGUAGGCAUUUUUUCGUCAUUUUGGUUAAAAUAGACUAUCUUCGUUAGCUUAAAGAACAGACCAAAACUUGCAUUAGUAUAGCUUAUUGUAUUUCAAUCAGAAACAAUUCUAUCUCGUUAUACUACUAUAAGUCUAUAAUUAUUACUUUACUA